CUUGGAACGAUAGCGCGAUGCCGCCGCCCCAUUGCCCCAUGUGCGUUUACCACAAGCGCCAAGCCGACGAGGCCAUGGCGGACUAUGUGGCGCUGAAAGCGCACUCGGAAUCGCAAUUGGCGCAGCUCCAUGAUUUGCAGAGGACGCUCGAGGCAGAGAUGCACGCCAUGCACGCAACGAUUGAAACGCUGGGCGCGACGAAUCUCUCGCUCAUUGAGCGGCUCGCGGUGCGCUCGGACGACCUAGUACAACCCAAGACCCGAGUUCAUGUGACCAUCCCAAGAAGUGCUUCUCCACCGCGCCCGCCGAACGCACAGAUUGCACUCUUGCGUGCCCAGGUCGCGCAAUACAAAGCCGAGGUGCACCGUCUGGGGGUCCUUUGGACCAAGGCGACGAUGCAGACGGACAAGCUAGCCAAGCAACUCCUGCUGCUACAACGGUCGAAUGACGCUGCGCAGAAGCGACUGCUCUCGGACCAGAAAGGACUGAUGGUGCGGCUCGACGCGACAACCAACGAGCUCCACUCGACACGCGAAAAGGUUACCUCGCUUCAAGCACAUGUCCACGCGCUCGAGCGCACGCUCGUCCAGAUAUCCCCACAACGCGAGUUGUAAUGUCUAUUGUACAC